UAUAACCCUUAUAUCACCACCGCAAUAAUGAACGUCCUCAUCUUCGGAGACCAGACUGCCGAUCAAUACCCGCUCUUGCGGAAGGCUUGCACAUGGAGGAGCAAUGCCUCACUCAUCACAUUCCUCGAACGCACUAGCGUAGUUCUCCGUGAGGAGAUUCAGAAGCUGUCACGACCGCAACGUGAGCAGAUUCCUGACUUCCUCACCAUGAACGACCUGGUAGAGCAGUACUACCAGAAAGGCGUGAGGCUGCCUGCCAUGGAAAGCUGCAUGGUCACUCUUGCGCAACUCUCCCAUUACAUCGGUUACUAUGGCGAUAACCCGACCGAAAUUCCCAGCCUCCCCAACACGAGGAUUCUGGGUCUAUGCACUGGGUUGAUCGCAGGAUCGGUGGUGGCAUCAGCAAAGACACUGGACGAAUUGGUCCUUCUCGGCGUCGAAGCUGUUCGAAUCGCUUUCCGCGCCGGUCACUGCGUGACUACCGCAAAGGAAGCACUCGAAGGAAUUUCAAACGACAAAGACAGCUGGUCGACCAUCGUUACUGGUAUUUCCGAGAACGACGCGAAGAGUGCUAUCGCCGAUUUCCAUCUCGAACGCAACAUCUCCCUGUCUGCGCAAGCAUACGUUAGUGCUGUUAGCGUGAUGGCUAUUACCAUUAGCGGUCCGCCAUCAACCACCAAACGUUUGUUUGAAGAAUCCGAUGCCUUCAAGACCAACACUCGCGUGCCUAUUCCAGUCUACGCACCUUAUCAUGCCAGUCACAUCUACGACGAUGCCCACAUCGACCGCAUCCUGGAGACCGCAAACUCCGGGUUUCUCAAGUCGCAUCGCCCUCUGGCAUUGGUACACUCUGCUUUUGACGGUAAAUGCCAUUCAGCAACCAGCACCUUCGAGCUCAUCCAGAUUGCUCUCCGGGAAAUCCUCCUCCAGCCUAUCCGAUGGGAUAGUCUUCUAGAAGAAACUGUCGAGCAGGUGACUGCAGUCAACAGCACUGAAUCCACUGUUUGUGCCGUUGGUAUCUCAACCGUGGCCAACAGUCUUGCCUCUGCUCUCAAAGCAGGCGGACAGUCUUCAGUUACCAUACUCGACCACUCUGCAUGGGCCUUGCAUCAGAAGCACUCCCAGGGUCACACUCAAAGCGACAAGAUUGCCAUUGUCGGAAUGUCAGGUCGCUUCCCCGGCGCUGCUACUCAUGAAAAGCUUUGGGAGCUUCUGGAACAGGGCCUUGAUGUUCACCGAGAAGUCCCAGCCGACCGAUUCGAUGCUAAAGCUCAUUGCGACCCUACUGGCAAAGGCAAGAACAAGAGUCACACUCCAUACGGCUGCUUCAUUGAUGAGCCAGGUCUGUUUGAUCCUCGAUUUUUCAACAUGUCGCCCCGUGAAGCUGCUCAGACGGAUCCUAUGGGCCGUUUGGCUCUCACAACUGCCUACGAAGCUUUGGAGAUGUCGGGCUACGUUCCCAACCGAACACCAUCAACUAAACUUCACCGUAUCGGCACGUUCUACGGUCAGACUUCGGACGAUUGGCGUGAGAUCAAUGCAGCCGAGAAUGUGGACACCUACUACAUCACAGGUGGUGUUCGUGCAUUCGCCCCUGGUAGAAUCAACUACUACUUCAAAUUUUCAGGGCCGUCUUACAGCAUCGACACGGCCUGUUCUUCUUCAUUGGCGGCUAUCCAGUUAGCUUGCACUUCGCUUUGGGCCGGAGACUGCGACACAGCUUGCGCAGGCGGGUUGAACGUUUUGACCAACCCUGAUAUUUUCGCCGGUCUUAGCAAAGGCCAGUUCUUGUCCAAGACUGGUAGCUGCAAAACAUACGACAACGAUGCUGAUGGAUACUGCCGUGGCGAUGGAUGUGGAACGGUCAUCUUGAAGCGCUACGAAGAUGCCAUCGCUGACAAGGAUAACAUUUUGGGAUGUAUUCUUGGUGCUGCCACCAACCACAGCGCUGAGGCUGUCUCCAUCACACAUCCCCACGCUGGUGCCCAAGAGUUCUUAUACAAGAAGGUCCUUGCUAACGCUGGAAUUGACGCACACGAUAUCAGCUACGUCGAGAUGCACGGCACUGGUACGCAAGCUGGUGAUGGUAUUGAGAUGACCUCAGUCACCAACGCCUUCGCUCCCAGGCAUCGCCAGCGUCGUCCUGAUCAAACACUUCAUCUGGGUGCCAUCAAGGCCAACAUUGGUCACGGAGAAGCUGCAUCCGGUAUCAACUCCUUGGUCAAGGUCCUCAUGAUGAUGAAGAAGAAUGCCAUUCCCGCCAAUGUUGGUAUCAAGGGCGUCAUGAACAAGACCUUUCCCAAGGAUCUUCUCCAACGCAAUGUUCACAUCGAGACUAAGCAGGUAGACUUUCCUCGCAAGGGAGCCGAACCCCGCAAGCUCUUCCUGAACAACUUCUCAGCUGCCGGUGGUAACACAGCCAUCAUUCUGGAAGAUGGCCCUCUCCGCGAGGCUCCUACGGCUAUUGAUCCUAGAGGAAUGCAAACUGUGACGGUUUCCGCCAGGUCCAUUGCCUCACUCAAGACAAACAUACGCAAUCUCAUCCAGUUCCUCGAUGAGAACCCAGAAACCACACUGCCUAGUUUGGCUUACACUACAACUGCCCGUCGUAUCCAGCACAACUAUCGUGUUGCUGUUUGUGUUGAUGACAUCAAGAAAGUGAAAAGUGCCUUGGAGGCGCAACUGAAAGAUUCUUACAGCCCUAUAGCUAUGGUUCCUACCAAGACCGCCUUCACAUUCACUGGGCAAGGAUCGCAAUACACCGCUCUCGGAAAGAAACUCUAUGAUGAGUUGGACAGCUUCAAGGCCGAUAUUGAUCAGCUUGACAACCUCGCUCGUCUUCAUCAGUUACCUUCUUUCAUACCACUGCUUGAUGGCACAGACGUCGCUACUCUUUCUCCCGUCGUCGUUCAGCUCGGAAUGUCCUGUAUCCAAGUUGCUCUUGCCCGCAUGUGGGACUCCUGGGGGGUCAAGCCUACUUCUGUCAUUGGCCACAGUCUUGGAGAGUAUGCUGCUCUCCACGUCGCUGGUGUUCUCUCUGCCAGCGACAUGGUACUUCUGGUCGGCCGUCGUGCUCAGCUUUUGGAACAAGAGUGCACAGCUUACACCCACGGCAUGCUCGCGGUCAAGGGUAGUGCACAGUCUAUCAGCGAAGCCCUUGGAAACAAAAUGACCGAGAUCGCUUGUAUCAAUGGUCCCGAGGAAACUGUGCUGUGCGGCACUGUCGACGUUGUCGAAGCCACCGGUGAGCUUCUCAACAACAAAGGUUUCAAAGCGACCAAAUUGAACGUGCCUUUCGCCUUCCACUCUGCUCAGGUCGAGCCCAUUCUCGAGAAGUUCAAGGGUGUGGCGUCUUCUGUCUCAUUCAACGCGCCAAAUGUGCCCGUGCUAUCACCUUUGACUGGCGAAGUCAUUCGCGAAGCAGGCACUUUCGGUCCAGACUAUCUUGCUCGUCAUGCUCGUGAAACUGUCAACUUCUGGAGCGCUCUCAGCACCGGCAAAGACGAGAAGGCUUACGACGACAAAACUGCUUGGGUUGAGAUUGGUGCCCACCCUGUUUGCAGUGGAAUGGUCAAGGCAUCCCUUGGCAAUUCGCCCUGCACCGCAGGCUCUCUACGUCGCAACGAGGAUCCUUGGAAGACUCUUUCCAACAGCAUUGCCACACUGUACCUUGCAGGUGUCUACAUCGACUUCAAUGAGCAUCACAAGAGCUUCAAUGAUGCACACGAGCUGCUGACUUUGCCGACUUAUACCUUUGAUAGUAAGAAAUACUGGCUUGACUAUCACAACAACUGGACUCUUACCAAAGGAGAGGCUCGUCAGAUCGAAGAGCCCAAGGCUAUCUCCGCUCCAGUAGAGAUUCAGUCGAAGCUUUCUACCACUUCGUGUCAACGCAUCGUGCGAGAAGAGCUCCAUGCGAACUCCGGAACUGUUGUCGUUCAGUCCGAUCUUUCCACUCCUCAAUUGAAGGCUACGAUCACAGGACAUCAAGUCAACGGCAACCCCUUCUGCCCUUCGUCGCUUUAUGCUGAUCAAGCCAUGACAAUUGCAGACUAUCUCUACAAGCAGUUACGUCCCAACAUGCCUACCCCUGGUCUCAACGUCUCGACUAUGGAGGUCGUCAAGGGUUUGAUCCCUCAGUAUCCUGCACCUGCCGAAGGUCAGCAUCUCCAGAUCGAAGCCACCGCCGAUCUUGAUGUCAACCAAGUCUCGAUCAAAUACCGUACCGUCACGGCUGAUGGUUCGAAGGUUUUGGCCGAGCACGCACAUGGUAGCGUCAAGUACGAAGACGUUAGUGCUUGGAAAGAGGAAUGGGCUCGUACGCAAUUCAUGGUUCAGACUCAGAUUGAUCUUCUUACCCAGAAACUUCAAACUGGGGCUGCACACAAGGUGCUUCGUGGAAUGGCUUACAAGUUGUUCAAGGCGCUUGUCACGUAUGCUGACAACUAUCGUGGAAUGGAAGAGGUCAUUCUCGAUGGUAAGACCACUGAAGCGACUGCCUCUGUCAAGUUCCAAACCACUCCCGCCGACGGAGAGUUCUUCUGUUCGCCUUACUGGAUUGAUAGCUUGGCCCACCUUUCUGGUUUCAUUGUCAACGCCUCCGAUCACAUGGACUCGGAGAAUUCGGUUUACAUCUCUCACGGCUGGGGCUCUAUCAAGCUUUCCAAGCAACUUUCGCCUAAGGGGGAGUACAGGUCAUACGUACGCAUGCAGCCUGCCCCUGGCAACGUCUCUGUUGGUGAUGUGUACAUCAUGGAACAGGGCGAAGUCAUUGGUGUUGUGCUAGGUCUCAAAUUCCAGAAUAUCCCUCGCAAGGCCCUCAAUGUCAUGCUCCCACCACCUGGUGCUGCCAAGGGUGUAUCCAACUCUGCACCGACGAAGACAGCUUCGGCUAGGGCGGCUGUUCCUGCCCCGGCUGCUAAAGCGGCUGCGAAGCCAGCGCCGAAAACCGCGAAGACAGUCAAGCCUGCCCCGCGUCCGAAGGCGGCAGCCAACUCUGUUGUGUCCCGUGUCAUGAAAAUCAUCGCCGAAGAGACUGAUGUCGACAUGUCCGAGCUUGUCGAGGAAGCUGCUUUCGAGAAUCUUGGUGUGGAUUCUCUUAUGUCUUUGACGAUUUCCGCCAAGUUCCGUGAGGAUCUGGAAUUGGAUAUCAGCUCCACUCUCUUCACCGAUUACGCUACUGUCGGUGAGAUGAAGAAAUACUUCUCUCAAUUCGAUGGGGGCGCCGCUGUUGUCGAUGAUGCAGAAUCUGACACGACUGACGAUAGUGCCGAUCUAUCCACCCCCUAUGAGGCAGGCGAUAACAGCACACCUGCUAGCUCGGCUCCUAGUAUCGAUGGCAAGGAGAGCGACAAGUCAACCGACCUUCCCGCUGCGGUCGAAGGAUCUCCUAGUCUCGCUCGCAGGAUCGUUGCCGAAGAGAUGGGAGUCGAUGUAUCGGAGAUCACGGACAAACUCGAUCUAUCUGAAAUGGGCAUGGAUUCUCUGAUGAGUCUUACGAUUCUCAGUGCCCUCCGUGAGCAGACUGGGAUUGAUUUGCCAUCAGAGUUCCUCACCACCAAUGUCACUAUCGAAGACAUUGAGAACGAACUUGGCAUGAGGCCAAAGGUACAGCAGCAGGUGCAGAGCGCAACCAAGUCCAGCAUCAAGCCAACCAAGCCUACCAAGCCUCCACAGCUCUCUGAGGUGAAUAAGAAACUCGCCAAGGUCGUUGAUGUCUCGUCCCUUCCGCCUGCCACCUCUGUACUUCUUCAAGGCAACGCAAAGACUGCCACCAAGAAGUUUUUCCUUGUCCCAGAUGGUUCUGGAAGCGCAACAUCUUAUGUCUCCAUCCCCAACAUUGAUCCCUCUAUGGCGGUGUACGGUUUGAACUGUCCAUUCAUGAAAGCCCCUGAGAAAUGGACAUCAGGCGUUGAGGGUGUCUCUGCACUUUACCUCGCCGAGAUCAAGCGUCGCCAACCUCAAGGGCCGUACCUCAUCGGUGGUUGGUCUGCCGGCGGCGUAAUGGCCUACGAAGUUACUCAGCAGCUUGUCAAUGCGGGAGAUAAAGUGGAGAGCCUAGUUCUCAUUGACGCGCCUUGCCCAGUCGCCCUUGAUCCCCUCCCCGCACGUCUCCAUAUCUUCUUCGACCAGAUUGGCCUUCUCGGCACCGGCAAACCAGGCGGUACCCCUGGGUGGCUUUUGCCCCAUUUCGCUGCUGCCAUCCAGAAUUUGAAAGACUACGACCCGGUUCCGAUGGAUCCCAAGAGGGCGCCCCCAGUCCUUGCCAUCUGGUGCACAGAUGGUGUCUGCCCCAACCCCGAUGACCCACGCCCUCCUCCCGGAGAAGGAGAGGACCCAGCCCCUAUGAAAUGGCUUCUCAACAACCGUACAGUUUUCGAUGACAACGGUUGGGCUCAACUUUUGCCAAAGGAGAAUUUUGAAUACGCUGUCAUGGGUGGUAACCACUUUACCAUGAUGAAGGGUGAACACGGUGCUACUCUAGGGAAACUCAUCAAGAAGGGUUUGAAGUUGUAG